AUGCCUCAGCAGAAGAUCUACUACGCGCAACGGCAUUACAACUUCCCGAAACUCGACCUUCUAACUCUAUUAUUUGACUCCCCCCACGGCCUCGCCACCGAAACCACCCAGCUCCACAUCGACGCCGCCAACCCCUCCAACCACAUCACCAAAGACACGGCGCGCGACCUCACCCGCGCCCUCGCCGCCUCGCUCCGCUCUGACUUCUCCAUAGGCCCCCAUCCCACUCACCCCGCCACCGGACCCGGCCUUCCCAACAGCCCCGAUGUCGUCGUCUGCUUCUCCUCGCUGCAGAUCCUGCUGCCAAUCGCCUUCUACGGGACCAUAGCGGCCGGGGGCAUGUUCUCCAUGGCCUCGCACUCGUUCACGGCGCCCGAGCUGGCGCGGCAGGUGUCGCAGGGCGGGUCGAAGCUGCUGAUAUGCAGCGAGGAUCUGAAGGCUACGGCCUUGGAGGCGGCGCGGUUGUGUGGGUUAGACGCGGGACGGGUGCUGGUGCUGAAGAGCGACGCGGGCGCGUGGAGUAUAAAACCCGAGGGGGGGAGAGAGCUGUUUGGGCGGCCUGAGCGGCUGGAUUGGGAGCGGAUAACGGAUGAAAAGGUGCUCGCGGAGCGGGUGGUGUGUUUGUUGUACUCGAGCGGGACGACGGGGGUGCCGAAGGGCGUAAUGAUGACCCACCUGACCUUCGUCUCCCAAACCACCAACACGGCCCAAGUCGCGCGCGAAUGGACCGCGCCCCGCGUCCUCUCGGGCGAAAUCACGCCCAUCCCCCAGCGCACCCUCGCCCACCUGCCCGCGGCGCACAUCGCGGGCGUCAGCGGCUACUUCAUCGGGCCCACCUACAACGGCGCCUCCAUCUACUGGAUGAAGAAGUACAACUGGCGCGACUUCCUCAAAUACAACAAAGCCUACCGCAUCACGACCUUCUUCACCGUGCCCGCCAUCUACGCGCGCAUCGCGAAGAGCCCCGACGUCGCCGACCACUUCGCGACGCUGCAAGGUGCAUUAUCCGGCGCGGCCCCUAUGGACGCCGAGCUGCAGCGCGCCGCGGGCGCGCACCUCGGCGGCGGCCGGAUCUGCGUCGGCGGCACGUGGGGGCUCAGCGAGACGACGGGGUCGGUGACGAGCCUGCCGCGGGGCGCGUUCGACGACACGGGCAGCGUGGGCGUGCUGCACCCGAACACGAUGAUGCGGCUGGUCGACGAUGACGAGCGCGACGUGGCCGAGGGCGAGCCGGGCGAAGCGUUAGUAAAAGGGCCGAUCGUGACGCGCGGGUACUACGGGAACGCGGAGGCGACGCGGGAGGCGUUCACGGCGGACGGGUGGUUCAGGACCGGCGAUGUGCUGCAGCUGCGCAACGGGCUGUGGUACGUGACGGACCGCAAGAAGGAGCUGAUUAAGUACAAGGGGCUGCAGGUGGCGCCGGCGGAGCUGGAGGGGCUGUUGCUGAGCCAUCCGUUGAUUGAGGAUGCGGCUGUGAUUGGGGUGCCAUGGGAGGGGACGGAGGCGCCGCGGGCGUAUGUGGUUGCGGAUCGGGGGAAGGUGGCCGAGGAGCAUGUGAAGGAGUUUGUGCGGAGUAGGGCGGCGGCGUAUAAGCAGUUGAGGGGCGGCGUGGUGUUUUUGAAUCAGAUCCCAAGGAGUGCGGUGGGGAAGAUUCUGAGGAAGGAUUUGAGGGAGUUGGCGGAGAGGGGGGAGAGGGCGAAGUUGUGA